AUGGCAUAUAUACAAAAUAUAUUAGUCUUAAUCUAUUGUCUUGCUACAGUUUAUUCGGGGUCAAUUAGACACGACAAUAGUUCUAAAGUGGAGUUAGAAGCAUACAUAAAAAGCAAGAAAAAUGAAAUAAAUCCUCGUUAUCGACCUCAUUAUCAUGUGUCACCACCUGUGGGCUGGAUGAACGAUCCCAAUGGGUUUUCAUAUUACAACGGAGAGUUUCAUCUUUUCUAUCAAUUUUAUCCAUAUGAUAGCAUCUGGGGCCCCAUGCAUUGGGGCCAUGUAUCCAGUCCAGAUCUAGUUCAUUGGAAACAGCUACCGACAGCAUUGAUACCUGAAGCCGAAAUGUGUUUUUCUGGCAGUGCUGUUGUAGAUGGCAAUACUUUUACACUCAUUUACACAGGACGUGAAGUGAUUGAUGAAGAGCCUUUUUACAAAGAGAGCCAGUUCCUGGCGUUUAGUGAGGAUGGUAUAAAUUUCCACAAAUAUAAAGGUAACCCCGUUUUGCCAUCAAGUGACUCAGCAGAUUUUCGCGAUCCAAAAGUUUGGAAAUAUCGUGAUAAUUGGUAUCUUAUCCUUGGAAGCAAGACAUCAGACGGACGUGGUAAAGUAGUUUUAUAUUCAUCAAAGGAUCUCAAAAAUUGGGAAUUUUUAUCUAUUAUAGGAGAAUCUAACGGAGAGAUGGGGUAUAUGUGGGAAUGCCCGGACUUCUUUGAGCUAGAUGGUAAAUUUAUUUUAUUAAUGUCCCCUCAAGGUAUGGAGCCUAAAGGUGAUCGAUAUAAAAAUACAUACCAAACAGGCUACAUCAUAGGUAGUUUCAGUUAUGAAACUUACGAAUUUAUACCUGAAGUAGAAUUUCAAGAACUUGAUUUCGGCCACGACUUUUAUGCUUCCCAAACAUUGGAACACAAUGGGAAACGUUACGUUGUUGGAUGGUUCAGUAUGUGGGAAGUACCUCAUCCAGAGGAAAUUGAUGGAUGGGCUGGAGCAUUGACUAUUAUAAGAGAAUUAAAAUUAUCCGGUAACCGUAUCAUUAUGAAACCUGUUGAUGAAAUGAUAAAGUUAAGACAGAAUUCUAUUAUGCAUGGAUCUCUGUUACGAAAUAAAGCACUAAACUUACCCAAGGAAUCAGAACUAAUUAUAAAUGGUGAUCUUAAUGAAGAUAUUGAACUUUUAAUAGAAGGUUCAAUGGGUGGUGGUAAGGUUUGGUUGCGAUGGGACCACGAAGCUGGUAAAGUAGUUGUCGAUAGAGGAUCUGAUGAUAUACGGCAAGUAGAAUGGGUGCCCAAAAAAUCUCAUAGCUGGAGGAUUUUCUUAGAUGCCAGUAGCUUAGAACUAUUCUGUGGAGAAGGUGAAGUAGUUUUUAGUAGCAGGAUAUACCCUGAUGGUGAGUGGAUCUUAUCGAACUUAAGUCCACAAUCCUUGUUAGUUGAAGCAUAUUAUUUAGAAAGAGGUGUACCCGUUUAA